CAGAUUCAGAAAAUGAAAAUUUCCACUUGUAAUUCUCCUGUGCUUUCAAUUUUUACUUGCUUAGCUGUAAAGCAAAACACAAUUCCAUUGAUGACAUAUUUUAAUGGCCCAAGAUCCAAGUUACUAACAAUUAUGCACUAAUAAUACAAACUGUUAAGCUAACAAUAAACCAUGUUGGCAUCUUAUAAAUUCUAUUCCAAAACUCUUAUAUAUGUAAGCAAAAUAAGGCCCUCUAAGCUUCAUGGCUGAGUUUGCAGAGUAUCAGCAGAGGUUUAGGCUUUCUCAGCCUUUGACAGAGAUGAUGGACAUGAACAUGGAGAUGCUCAAGCAUCUUCCAGAGCUGAAUCCAAGCAUCUUGGAGAGUUUCAGCAUCACUGACUUCUCAGCAGACUCUUUGUUGGCCCGCCAACAACCUGAAUUUACAGCAACAUAUGAUCACAACAACCUUUCAAGUACUUUCCAUCCUGACAUCUUGAGUACAGCAACAGUUGUUCAUACUGUUACCUUGAAUCAAAAUGAUUCCCAUGACAGCAAGAAGAGAAAAUCAAUGGAACUAUCAACCAGCAGCUACAUUUCUCCUACAGCCUCUACAAACGAAACAAAGAAAAAGAACAACCUAGGAGGAAGUAAGAAAGGUGAAAACAAAGAGAAAGAAGGGGACAAAGCAGAGGAAGUUAUUCAUGUUAGAGCUAAGAGAGGCCAAGAAACAGACAGUCACAGUAUAGCAGAAAGGGUAAGAAGAGAGAAAAUCAAUAACAAGUUAAGGUGCUUGCAAGACCUUGUUCCUGGAUGCCACAGGUCAAUGGGGAUGGCAGUUAUGCUAGAGGAGAUAAUCAAUUAUGUACAUUCAUUGCAGAAUCAAGUUGAGUUUCUUUCCAUGGAGCUUGCAGCUGCAAGUAGUUCUAAUGACCUGAACAAUGUAACAGAAUCUUCAAAGAGGGCUCAGGGAACAGACUCAACUGAAGCACAGAAGACACAGAAAUGGUUGAGAGAAAGAUAUGGAGAAAUCACUUGCUUCCACUCUGCAUGGUCCAUUUGACUGCAUUUUUGGCAAUUACUCUUUGUCGCUAUAAAGCACAUGGAUAUGCUCCCUAGCUAUCAUCCUUUGCCAUAAAUCAAAUAUAUCUGUAUUUAUGUGGCAGACAUGCUAAAGAUAUUUGCAUUACUUCACAAAAAAUGUCUAGAAAUAAAGUACAAAAAAAGAAGAUUAUGUUGCUAUUUACUUGUCCAAUUUGGGGGCUGAUUUUUCUUCUUAUUUUUUUUUAAUAUAUCAAAUUUGACUUUCUUUAGUGAUCUGUGGCGUGUAACAUCCUAUGUAUUGAUAGGCCCUGUCGGCAUGAGCAGUUAAGCAUCAAUUUGAUUCAGGAGGUUCUCUUGGCUUUAUGUAUUGCUUGUUUAUUCAUUGUCCAUUCUGUGACAAAAUUAUACAUGAACCCACUUUAUGAUUUG